UUGAGGGUGACAGAUCCCUAACGACAGUGUAACUGCCCCACCCAGCCUUCUUACUUGUGUGACAGAUGUCUACUGGAAAUGAUUAUUCAAUUAUAGCUACAUCAGUGAAUUUUCAUGAUGCAUAAAUCACCUCCUCACUGAGCUGGCCAGCUGGGGUAGGGGUGGGCAUCCUCGUUGGAAUGCAGAGUGAACUCUUCAACUGCAACGCCCACCUCACAGUCUAUAAAGCCGUGACCCUUCUGGUAGAUCAGCACUGUCUCCUCUCUGGGGUCACCACCUUGCCAAGCUCCCUCUCCAGCAAGGCCAUGUCACUCUCGGUCUGCACCUCUGGACUGUCCAGGAGGUCGUCCUCUCAGAAUGGGACGGCAGCAAGACCUUGGGGCGCAUCUGCUUCCAGUGUUGCAGGCGGCUAUGGAGGGAUGGCCUCCGGCUUUGGAGUUGGCUGUAGGGGCCUCAUUUCUGCUGCUUCCAUGUUUGGCUGUGGCUCUGGCUUUAGUGGUGGCUCUACAUGCUCCUUACCAGGACUUGGCACUGCCUAUGGGGGACCUCUGGGAGGUAGCUUGGGAGGACUGGGAAUAGGGGGAAGCUCGGGUGGUGGCUCUCUGUGUGUCCUCUCUAACAAUGAUGGAGGGCUUCUUUCUGGUUCUGAAAAAGAAACCAUGCAAAAUCUGAAUGAUAGACUAGCUUCCUACCUGGGUAAGGUCCAUGCUCUAGAGGAGGCUAAUGCGGAACUGGAAAACAAAAUUCGAGAGUGGUACGAAACACGACGGACUGGAGACUCUGGGCCCCAGAGUGAUUACAGUAAAUAUUACCCACUGAUUGAAGACUUAAAGAAUAAGAUCAUUUCUGCCAGCGUUGGGAAUGCCCAGGUCAUCCUGCAGAUUGACAACGCAAGGCUGGCUGCUGAGGACUUCCGGGUGAAGUAUGAGAAUGAGCUGGCCCUGCGCCAGACCGUGGAGGCCGACAUCAACGGGCUGCGCAGGGUGCUGGACGAGCUGACCCUGGCCAGAGCUGACCUGGAGGCGCAGGCAGAGAACCUGACUGAGGAGCUGGCCCAUAUGAAGAAGAACCAUGAGGAGGAACUCCAAAGUUUCCAGGCAGGUGGGCCAGGCGAUGUCAAUGUAGAAAUGGAUGCUGCACCUGGAGUGGACCUCACCAAGGUCCUCAAUGAAAUGAGGGCCCAGUAUGAAGCCAUGGCUGACCAAAACCGGAAAGACGCAGAAGCCUGGUUCCUUGAAAAGAGCGGAGAGCUCAGGAAAGAGAUCAGCAGCAACACGGAGCAGCUUCAAUCCAGCAAGAGCGAGAUCACCGACCUGAGGCGCAUGGUGCAGAACCUGGAGAUUGAACUCCAGUCCCAGCUCGCCAUGAAAAAGUCCCUGGAAAACUCACUGGCUGAAACCGAGGGUGGUUACUGCUGCCAGCUGUCUCAGGUGCAACAGCUUAUAGGCAGCCUGGAGGAGCAACUCCAACAGCUACGGGCAGAUGCAGAGCGCCAGAAUGCCGACCACCAGCGGCUGCUGGGCGUCAAGGCCCGCCUGGAGAUGGAGAUUGAGACCUACCGCCGGCUGCUGGAUGGAGAGGCCCAAGGGGAUGGUUUUGAUGAAAGUGUAUCCCUCACUGUCUCCAAACCUCAGACACCAUCAGUCGAUUCCUCUAAAGACCCAAAUAAAACUCGAAAAAUCAAGACAGUUGUGCAGGAGAUAGUGAAUGGUGAAGUGGUCUCAUCUCAAGUUCAGGAACUUGAAGAAGCAAUAUAAGGCCUCACAUGGCUCCUCGGGAACACAAAAUUUGCAACUAGAAAGUCUUGCUUCCAUAGCUUCCAUAUGCUCUGUCAAUUCAGUAUCUGUUUUGGUGGUUUCCCCUUCUUUGGAUUCUCUGUUCACAUUGCAUCUUGAUAGUAUGUCUGAAAUGAUACCAAUUACUAGUCCUUGUUGCUAUGAUGAUUGAUCUUCAUUGUAAACCCAAAUCAUCUUACACCUUCCUGGGCCUGAAGGAGUCUUUCCACAUGGUUUUCUUUUCUGGUCACCUGGAUCAUUUGUUUAAUCCGAGAACUUUGAGGGAAUAGCAUUGUUUUCACAGAGCUAACUUUGAUUAAAGACUACUGGUAAAGUGAA